AAUCUAUGUAGAAUUCCUUCCUCCUCCCUUAUUGCUGCUCUUUAAACAUUAAAGUCUCAGAUUGUUUUAAUUUAAAGCAGAGCAUGAAGAGAAACUUCACAAACCUGCAGCAGUUUCCUUCUGUUUCAGCUUCAUUUAGCAAAUGCUGAAUAAAAAAUUCUUCAUUUUCCACGAGUUUUAAGAAUUAAGAUGAAGCUUUGAGGGAAGAACACAGCCCCGCAAAAAGGCAGGGGGCGUUUUUAUUUUUUACAGUUUCAUUAAUAAAAACCUCAGUAUUACUUUCAUUCAUGCAGGCUGCUUCAUCAUCGUCGUCAUCAUCAUUACGUCACAGUCACAUUUAGUUAGAGAAUAAAACAUUAGACUGAAGGCAUCAUGUCUGGACAGUCAGGCUGAGCCGUGGAGCGCAGCUCUGCGUAAAGUCUGGUGCUGCUGAGCGCAGAGCCAACCUGUGGCACCAGAUGAGUCAGAGCCAUGGCACCGUCCCAUUCCUCACACUUUGGAUCCUCCGCAGUUUCUCAUUAGUUCCCGCGCGCCACUAGGGGACUCKUUUUAACGCGCACAGAGCGGCGCUGGAAACAGUCCUCCUGUUGCGCUAUGGAGAACCUGACGGACUUUCUCCUCUCCUCCGAUCAAAGCCCUGCUCAGGGACUGAUGGGGGGGUUAAGGCUGACCCACGGUGUCGUGUUCCUCGGUGGCAGCGCGCUCCGGACCACAGCCGGACUGGAGUUUAUGGCCGCUCCUCACCAGAUGCCCGCCUUCUGGGACUCUCCGCUCAGCCACGGCAUCAACGUGUUCGUGGGACUGGUCUUGUGCUUCACGAUGCUGGGGCUGGGCUGCACGGUGGAGGUGAGCCAGCUGGGGGAACACAUCCGCAGACCCAUCGGGGUGCUGCUGGCUCUGCUCUGUCAGUUUGUCAUCAUGCCUCUGGUGGCCUUUCUCCUGGCUUUAGCCUUCUCUCUGGAUGAUGUGGCGGCAAUGGCCGUUCUCCUCUGCGGCUGCUGUCCCGGAGGAAACCUGUCCAACAUCAUGUCCCUGCUGGUUCAUGGAGAGAUGAACCUGAGGUUGGUCCAUGCCACGCACCAACAUGACGGGACUGAAUUAGGAUGUAAUUUUCAUCAUCAUGACCAUUUCCUCCACUCUGCUGGCGCUGGUUCUGAUGCCGCUCUGCCUGUGGAUCUACAGCCGGGCCUGGAUCAACACGCCUGUGGUCGACCUGCUGCCGUUCGGGGCCAUCAUCCUGACCCUGUGCAGCACCCUCAUCCCCAUUGGUUUAGGAGUGAUGCUGAGGCGUCUCUGUGGUCUCUGCUCGUCACCCUCGUCAUGCUCUUCAUCCUGACAGGAGUCAUGCUGGGACCAGCUUUGCUCUCCACCAUCCCGGCCUCGGUCUACGUGGUGGCCGUCCUGAUGCCUCUGUGCGGCUACGCUGCAGGGUACGGCCUGGCGCUGCUCUUCCACCUGCCCCCCAACAGCCGCAGGGCGGUCUCUCUGGAGACGGGCUGCCAGAACGUGCAGCUGUGCACWGCCAUCCUGAAGCUGGCCUUCCCCCCGCAGCUGAUGGGGGGGAUGUACAUGUUCCCCCUGCUGUACGCCCUGUUCCAAGCGGCCGAGGCUGGGAUCUUCAUAGUGGCCUACAGGCUGUACAGGAAGGAGGUGCUGCACAAAGCGGAGCCGGGGAUGGAUGGAGAGGACAUCACAUAUCAGAGGUUCCACAACGAGGACUUUGAUUGUUCUUACGGUGCAGUUACAGUGAGUGACCCCGUCAGCGUUAUGCUGGACCCCUGUCCUCCUGACCCCACACKUGUUUGAUGUUUCAUUUGAUCAGAGGUUCUAAACGUCUCAGCUGGAAGUGAAGCUGCUCCUCCUGACUCCAAGACUGAAGGAUUGAACCAGAUUUAACAAAGACCCCUCAGUCAGCAUCGUAUUGUUUUUACCCAGUAGUGGUCUCAUCUGUCUGUAGCCAUUACAGCUGUCAACAGGCAGGUGGUCAUGUUUUAGUUUGUAUCUGUUAAGGCCCUGUCACACUACAUAARGUAUGAAACAUUUUUUAUGUCUAAAUUGCUAAUAAACGUUAUAUACUUGA